AGUCCUGGAUCACUGUUGUUCCAUGUCACACACGUUUGUAUACACCAGACCCCUUUGCUCAUGACGGGAAAUCUCUGCUACAGCCUCAUCCAACAGUAACUGCAAACUACACAAGGAUAAUGUUGCCCUGUUUAAAUUUUGCUGUGGUCCUCUGUGUCCUUGUCCAAGUCUUCUGCAUCACCGCUGAUAUAGACACGAGUAGCUUCCUGAUUUUCAAUGAAGAUCACAACAAGUGCGUAAAGGUGGCGAGUGCCACCUUUAUAACAGUGGAUGCUUGUAAUCCUCAUGCCAAAGAUCAACAGUUCCGAUGGGUCUCUGAGUCUCGUCUCCUCAGUUUGUCCCUUAAGCUGUGUUUGGGUACUACAGCGAUAAAAGACUGGGUGAAGGUGCAGCUCGUGGAAUGUGAUGAGAGCAAUGACCUCCAGCAUUGGCAGUGUAAGAACGAUACCCUCUUUGGCCUAAAAGACCAGGACCUGCACUUAAACUGGGGCAACUGCGAUGAGGAAAGUGUCAUGAUCUACAAAGGUUCUGGGAUCUGGAGUCGCUGGAGGAUAUAUGGCACUCAGGGGGACCUCUGUUCAAAGGGAUAUCAAGAGAUAUUCACACUAGGAGGAAAUGCUUUUGGAACCGCUUGUCAGUUCCCUUUUAAGUUCCACGAGAAGUGGUAUGCCGAAUGCACUAAAGACGGUCGUACGGAUGGACAGCUGUGGUGUGCCACAGAGAGAGAUUAUGAUAAAGUGGGAAAAUGGGGACUUUGUCCAACCAGAGCAUCCUCCAACUGGAUCACUGACCCAGUCACAGGGGUUCAGUAUCAGUUAAACGCACAGUCAGUGUUGACUUGGUAUCAGGCCAGGAAGAGCUGCCAGCAGCAGGGAGCCGACCUCCUCAGCAUCGUAGAGUUGCAUGAGCAGUCAUACAUUUCAGGGUUAGCAAAUCAUUUGGGCUCAUCUCUGUGGAUUGGGCUGAACAGCUUGGAUUUUGAUAGUGGAUGGCAGUGGAGCAACGGAAACCCUUUCAGAUAUUUAAACUGGGCCCCAGGUCAUCCAUCAUCAAACCCUGGGCUAAACUGUGCAACCCUAAAUGCUGCAAAGGCCUCAAAGUGGGAGAGCAGCGUGUGCAGCAAGAAACUUGGUUACGUUUGUCGUAAAGGAAAUGCUACCAGUCUGCCCCCACCAUCGACCAAACAGCCUGGCUUUUGCCCCAAUCACUGGGUUCACUAUGCAGGAAACUGCUACUAUCUGGUGAGGACUGCAGAGAUGUGGAGUAAUGCUUUAGCUGCAUGCCGCAAAGAAGGAGGAGAUCUUGCCAGCAUACAUAACAUAGAGGAGCAGAGCUUCAUUAUUUCUCAAUCUGGAUACAUGCCGACAGAUGUGCUCUGGAUUGGCAUGAAUGACCAAAAGAACCAGAUGCUCUUUGAAUGGUCCGAUCACUCACAUGUCACCUUUACCCAGUGGCAGAGUGAUGAGCCCUCUCAUCUCAUCAGCUUCCAAGAGGACUGUGUCCUGAUUCAAGGAAAGGAUGGUAAGUGGGCAGAUCACACUUGUGAGAAGUUGCAUGGAUAUAUGUGCAAGAAGAAGGCCUCGGCUAAACCAAUUGGAGGCAGUCUAGCAGAAGUCAACAAAGGGUGCACUCUUGGAUCAAUCAGGUUUGGUUCAUACUGUUAUAACAUCGGAGCUGAGAAAAAAACCUUUGAAGAGGCAAAGCAGGCAUGCUCAGGGGCUGGUGCGAACCUGGUGGAUGUGUCUGAUAGAUAUGAGAAUGCUUUUCUGGUGAGUUUGGUGGGCUUGAGACCAGAGAAGUACUUCUGGACAGGCUUCUCCAACACAGAAGACAGAAACAUGUUCAAAUGGACGACUGAAAGAGCGGUCACGUUCACUAAUUUCAAUGUGGGAAUGCCAGACAGAAAACAAGGAUGUGUUGCCAUGACAACUGGAGUUUUUGCUGGACUAUGGGAUGUUGUCAGCUGCAGUAACAAGGAGAAGUAUAUUUGCAAGAAACGUGCUGAGGGUGUGCAGACAACAACAGCUCCACCCACCACUCUGGCCGCGGCCUGUGCUUCUGAGUGGACCCCGCUCAGCAAAGGGAACAAAUGUUUCAAAGCGUACAAGAAACGUCAAGAGGAAAAGAAGACUUGGUCUGAAGCACGGGAUUUCUGCAGGGCCAUUGGCGGGGACCUCAUAAGCUUACACAGUCAUCAGGAAUGUAGAGAGCUCAAUGUCUACUACAGUGAAAAAUUCUGGAUAGGCCUCAGCUUACAGGGAACCAAUGGAGGUUUUGUCUGGGGUGAUGGAUCACCGUUUGACUUUGAGAACUGGGGCUAUGGAGAACCAAAUAACCACAAUGACAGCGAGCACUGUACAGAGAUGGACUUUAACUUAAGAAUGAGGUGGUAUGAUCGACACUGUGAUGCCUACAAUAGCUGGAUUUGCCAGUUACGCAAAGGUGUGACUCCCAACCCCGAGCCUGUGAUAUCUGUACAAGAAUACAACACCACAGACGAUGGAUGGCUUCUAUACAAUGACAGCCAGUAUUACCUGAACAUGAACAAACAGAGUAUGGAAGCAGCCAGAGCCUAUUGCAAAAAAAACUUUGGUGAACUUGUAGUCAUCACAGGAGAGAGCGAGAGAAAGUUCCUUUGGAAACAGAUUUCUAGAGGAACACAAGGACAGUACUACAUCGGCCUGAUAGUGAAUUUAGAUAAAUCGUUUAGCUGGCUUGAUGGCACCCCUGUAACUUACACCGCAUGGGAACACAAUGAGCCCAACUUUGCCAACAAUGAUGAAAACUGUGUGACUAUGUACAACAGCAUGGGGUACUGGAAUGAUAUUAACUGUGGUAUUGAGCUUCCUUCGAUAUGUAAGAGAAGCAACAGUUUUAUCAAUACAACAAUGGCCCCGACGACAGCUCCCAAAGGAGGAUGUGCUCCAGAGUGGCUAGCUUUCCAAGGAAAGUGCUACAAAUUUGUUGUGGGGAAUCACAAAAACUGGCACGAUGCCAGGACACACUGCAUAAACCAGGGAGGAAAUCUGCUUUCUAUAACCAGUGAGAAAGAGCAAGCUUUCCUAACAACACAGAUGCUGAACUACAAGGAAGAUUUUUGGAUUGGUAUGAAUGAUGUCAACUGGGAGAUGCGCUUUGUGUGGACAGAUGGGAAAAGUAUUUCCUACACCAACUGGGCCUUAGGGGAGCCAGCAUCAGCACCUCCAGGAAGAUAUUUUCAUGAGUCCUAUGACUGCGUGAUCAUGAUGGGCACCAGUGCCAGAAAAACUGGAUACUGGAAGGUGGAUGACUGUCAGUCAGAUUAUGGCUUCAUCUGUAAAAGAAAAAUUGAUUCACAAAUUGCUGUCAAACCUACAACUGUGUCACCAAAGACCUUCUACAAGCUCGGCAAUGACUCCUACAAAGUGGUGACCCAGAAAAUGCGCUGGGAUGAGGCCAGGAGGCAGUGCCAAGCAGAUGAUGCAGAGCUGGCUAGCAUCCUGAGCCCCGUAGCACACGCAUACGCCACCUUGCAGAUUCUCAAGCUCAACGAGCCUUUGUGGAUUGGCCUCAACAGCAAUGUGACUGGUUUUCACUUCAAGUGGGUGGAUAACUGGGCUCUGUCUUACACCAAAUGGGGCAAAAAUGAACCUAAAAAUAACUACGCCUGUGUGUAUGUAGAUGUGGACAAAACAUGGAAGACUGCACCAUGUACCAAUACCUAUUAUUCCCUUUGCAAAAGGUCACAAGUUGUAGCUCCCACUGCUCCCCCGCAGCUUCCUGGAGACUGUCCACAAUCAACAAGCAGGAGAACAUGGAUACCUUUCAGAGGCCAUUGUUAUUCCUUCUUCAGCUCAGUGACCAACGACUGGGCCCACGCCUCAAUUGAAUGUAUAAAAUUGGGUGCUUCUCUAGUGAGUAUUCAGGACCCUAUUGAGAGUAAAUUCAUAGAAGAGAAUGUGGAGAUUCUCCAGGACAGUGCCAAAACCUUUUGGAUUGGCAUGUACAAGACCCAUGAAGACAAGUGGAUGUGGAUCGAUGACAGCCCUUUGGACUAUACCAACUGGAAAUCAGGAAUGCCACAGUCAGAGUCGUGUGUGUACAUCAGUUCUUACACUGGUCUGUGGAGUACGACAGAGUGCAGAAGGUCAUUUUCUUUCAUCUGCAAAACACCAAAAGUUAUUAAACCUACAGAAAAGCCUCCAUUUGUUGCCCACGUCGUCCAGGAAACUACACACGGGUCCGCUGGCAUCACUGUGGCUAUAGUAUUAAUUGUAAUCGCCAUAGUUGGACUUGGUGCCUUCCUCCUGUUCCGUAAAAGGAUACCUAGGAUACCUGCCCCCACCCUGGGAGAAUCCACCUUUGACAACAAGUUAUACUUCAACAAUCCAAACCGAGCAGCGGUGGACACCAAAGGGCUGGUUGCGAACAUAGAACAGAAUGAGCAAGCAUAGAAAGGCAGGAGAGGAUUGGCAAUCAACCCCAUGAAAAUUAGAUUUCUGUCUUUAUUUCAUGCUUAUUUUUUGGAUCACUUCUCUGGAAACUGGAACUGUUUGGUGUUUUUUUGUGUUUUUUUAGGAAUUGUACGAUUUGUAUCAAAGAUAGUUAUUACAAAUUAUUGGGUUUUUGUUUUUCAUGAUAACGUGAUAUGUGAAAUGUGUACAGAUUUUUUUGUUUUGUUUUACUUUUAUAAUCAACAUAAACAAUGAUGAGAAUGACAGAAAGUGAGUUUUAGUGCAAUUUGACAAAUCUAAGUUGAAAUGCUCUCUGGUCCGUUUUAUGGCAUUUAAAUUAAAGCCUGAUUAAAAAAAAUAUGAAAACAUA